AUGUCGUCUCUCAAGAUAACCAGCGCUUUCAAGCUUCCCAGCGGCUACGAGCUCCCGCGCCUGGGCUUCGGCGUCUACCAAACCCCUGUCGAGGACACUGCGCGAUGUGUGACGGAGGCUUUCCAGGCCGGUUAUCGCCAUAUCGACUCGGCAGCCGGCUACAGAAAUGAAGGCCCCUGCGGCGAGGCGAUCCGUGCGGCAUCCUCCAUCCCGCGCGAGAGUAUCUUCUUCACCUCCAAGGUCCCACCCCAAAAGAUGGGCUAUGAAGGCACAAAGUCCCAGAUCGCCGAGUCCCUUGCCGAAUCCGGCUUGGAGUACAUCGACCUCAUGCUAAUCCAUGCCCCCUACGGCGGCUCGGCCAACCGCAAGGGCUCGUGGAAGGCCCUGGUCGAGGCCGUGGAGGCCGGAAAGCUGCGCAGCAUCGGUGUGAGCAACUAUGGCGUGCAGCACCUUGACGAGCUUGAGAAGCACAUCGCCGAGCUCGAGAAGGAGCGCGGCGGGAAGGGCAAGGGCGGUGUCAUCAGCGUCGGGCAAUGGGAAAUCCAUCCCUAUCUGCCCCGUAACGACAUCGUCGAGUGGUGCGCCAAGCGCGGUAUUGCGGUCGAGGCGUACUGCCCGUUGGUCCAGGGCAAGCGCUGGGGCGAGCCCGCCGUCAAGAAGGCGGCGGAGAAGUAUGGGAAGAGUGAGGCUCAGAUCCUGAUCCGCUGGAGCCUGGACAAGGGGCUCAUUCCCCUGCCCAAAAGCGUCACCUCGCAGCGCAUCAGGGACAAUGCGGAUGUGUUUGACUUUGAGCUCACCCCUGAGGAGGUGAAGGAGAUUGAGACGGACGAGUACACUGUGAUCGCCUGGGAUCCGACUGUUAUCCCGUUGGACCAGUAA